AUGGACAAAUACCUUGCUGACUCGGCAGCAAACAAAAGACCACAAGAGAAAAUGAACAAGGUCACCAUCCCCAUCGUCCCAUCUAAACUGGCCAAGGAGGCAGAACAGCUCCAGAACCUGCACGUAUGGCAAGACGGUGUAACGGAGAAUGCCAUUUCAUACUACGAUUCCAAAGCGGAUUCAGACUAUGCGGAAGAUGGAGAGGAGGAGAACCCGCUGGAGAGCUCGACGUCUUUGGAGCUGGAGUUUGUGGAUGAUCCCAAUUUUAAAAACAAGGUCAACUUCUCUUCCAGUGCGGUCCAGAUUCCUACAGACAUAUACAAAGGCUCCCCGGUCAUCCUAAACGAGUUAAACUGGACCCAGGCGCUGGAGAGGGUCUUCAUUGAGAACCGGAAGGAGGACAGCUCGCUGCGCUGGCAGGUGUUUGGCAGUGCCACAGGAGUGACUCGAUACUACCCAGCCACUCCAUGGAGGGCGCCCAACAAGAUUGACCUGUACGACGUCCGCAGAAGACCUUGGUAUAUCCAAGGUGCAUCGUCUCCAAAGGACAUGGUCAUCAUUGUGGAUGUGAGUGGAAGUGUCAGCGGACUCACACUGAAGCUGAUGAAAACCUCAGUGAUAGAGAUGCUGGACACUCUAUCAGACGACGACUAUGUGAAUGUGGCCAGGUUCAAUGAGAAGGCCGAUGCUGUCGUUCCAUGCUUCAGGACUUUGGUCCAAGCCAAUGUUCGGAACAAGAAGAUCUUCAAGGAGGCCGUCAUGCAUAUGCAAGCCAAAGGAACCACAGAUUACAAGUCUGGCUUCACAUUUGCCUUUGAACAGCUCCUCAAUGAGAGCAGCGCCCCGAGGGCCAACUGCAAUAAGAUGAUAAUGAUGUUUACAGAUGGUGGGGAGGAUCGUGCACAGGAAAUCUUUGAGAAGUACAACUGGCCCAACAAAACGGUUCGCGUGUUCACCUUCUCUGUUGGCCAGCAUAAUUAUGACGUCACCCCUCUGCAGUGGAUAGCUUGUGCCAAUAAAGGUUACUACUUUGAAAUUCCAUCGAUUGGAGCCAUCAGAAUCAACACCCAGGAGUACCUGGAUGUCCUGGGUCGUCCCAUGGUGCUGGCCGGGACUAAAGCAAAGCAGGUGCAGUGGACAAACGUCUACCAGGAUGCUUUGGGUUUGGGCCUCGUCAUCACCGGGACGAUGCCGGUUUUCAACCUCACUGUCGACACUGUGAGCUCUCAGAACCAGCUCAUCCUCGGAGUAAUGGGGGUCGAUAUUGCAAUCAACGAAAUCAAAAAGAAGACACCUACGUACAGACUCGGAGCCAACGGCUACACAUUUGCCAUCGACCCAAAUGGCUACGUGCUGCUGCAUCCCAACCUGCGACCAAAAAUCAUUAACUUCAGGGAGCCCGUCACUCUGGACUUUCUGGAUGCAGAGCUGGAGGACAGCAACAAGGAGGAGAUCCGUCGACAGAUGAUUGAUGGCAAAUCAGGGCAAAGGAAAAUCAAGACGCUCAUUAAGUCAGUUGAUGAGAGGUACAUCGACGAGGCCAUGCGCACGUACACAUGGACACCUGUGGAGGGUACAGAUUACAGUCUAGGAUUGGUACUCCCCACAUAUAGUGAGAACCACAUCAAGGCCAACCUGAGUGACCAGAUCCUUCAGGUGCAGUAUUUUGAAUCACUGCUGCCAAACAGUUUUGAGUCAGAAGGACAUGUAUUCAUUGCUCCCAGGGAGUACUGCAAUGAUCUGGAACUGUCCAACAACAACACUGAGUUCCUGCUCAACUUCAUUGCUCUUAUGGAGAAGGUGACACCGGACUCCAAACAAUGUGACAAUUUGCUCCUUCACAACCUGAUUCUGGACACCGGCAUCAUCAGACAGCUGGUUGAAAAAGUCUGGAAGAAUAAAGACUUGAAUACAUAUGGCUUUCUGGCCGUGUUUGCGGCAUCAGACGGAGGCGUAACAAGAGUGUUUCCAAACAAGGCUGCAGAAACCUGGGAGGAAGACCCUGAGCCCUUUAAUGCCAGCUAUUACCGCCGCAGUCUCGACAACAAGGGCUACAUCUUCCGAGCGCCUUAUCGAACAGCCCGGGAUGAGCUGCUGAACCCAGAGAAUGACACCAUAGGGAUCCUGGUCAGCACGGCUGUGGAGAUCACAGUAGGAGGGAAGACCAUCAAACCUGCAGUGGUCGGAGUGAAACUGGAUCUUGAAGCCUGGACGGAUAAGUUCAAGAUUCUUGCCAGCAACCACACAGACAACCAUCAGGGCUCCAACACAUGUGGACCAAACAGGGGCUGUGAAAUGGACUGCGAAGCCAACAGUGAGGAUCUCCUGUGUUAUUUGAUAGAUGAUGGUGGAUUCCUAAUCAUGUCCAAUCAGAAAGAGGACUGGAACAAGGUUGGCAUGUUCUUCAGUGAUGUUGAUCCCUACUUGAUGUACGCGCUCUACAACAAUUCGUUCUACAACCGUAAACAGUCAUACGACUACCAGUCUGUGUGUGAACGGAUGCCCAACAGUGAAGCCGGAGCUGCACCCAGAGGAGUGUUUGUGCCCACAAUUGCUGAUUUUGUAAACGUGGCUUGGUGGACAUCAGCUGCUGCAUGGUCCUUGUUCCAACAGUUUAUAUAUGGACUGGCUUAUCACAGUUGGUUCGUCACAGAUGAGGUGGAUGCAGAAGGAAUCGACUCCAAAGAGCGGAGUUGUGUAAUGAUCCAGACCCAGUACUAUUUAAGUAAUCUCAGCAGCUCCUACAACAUUCUGCAAGACUGUGGAAACUGCUCCAGGCUGAUUCAUGCCAAGAGGAUAAACAACACCAACUUGCUGUUUGUGGUGGCAGAGAAGAUGCCGUGCAACACCUGCGAGAUCGAGAAGCUGUCCCAGGAGGAGGAGGAGUUCAAAGAGGAAAAUCCAUGUGAAGAAAUGACUGUGGCGCGCUAUCGAAAAGGACCCUCCACCUGCUUUGACAAUAAUAUCUCUGAGAAUACAUCAGACUGCGGACGGGGCCACUCCUUCCGUCCGUCCCUCUACACCUUACUGCUCCUUCAGCUGCUGCUGCUUUACCCAGCCGUCAGCCCCCACUUUCAGUCUCUACUACAUUAAUUCCAUUUUCCUCCACUUAUCCUCCUUUUAACCCCUUCUGAGCUUCUUUCCCGACCUAAAACCCCCCGACCCCAACUCCCACCUCCGUGCCCCUAUGCCCUCCACCCCGAUAUAGUCAUAGGUAAUAAUGGGACUUCCCUUCACAGCAAGUUGGAAGCCCUGAGUGCCGCGCUACCCAGCUCGCUUCAGUUUGUGUCGCUUAGUGACAACUGCCGGACGUUUGUGUCCUCAGCCAGUUAACCUUCAUCUGCAGGAGGAGUGGGUGGUGCUGGACCACCCGCAUCAUCAGAGGCAACGUCAGAAAAGAGAAAACAAACCCCCUCCACCUCCAUGAUCACCCCACCAACGUCCAGAGAAGGGAGGGGAAAGGGGACAGGCCGAUGUCCUCGACACAGACCUCCCGCCUCACACAGACUGGAGAGUUGAGGUUGUCUGUCCUUCUUUGCCUCUGUUCGUCAGACAGACGGUGGGACUCCUCCUUCUUCUCCUCUCCUCCAUCUCAGAGUCUCGCCGCUCUGUCACUCGCCUCUCGUCCAAGGCUGUGGACCAUUCAGCCAGUUAUAGCCACCAUAAAAGAAAAAAGAUAACAGAUAAAAAAAGAACUGUCAAGUAUACAAAAUGUCGAGUAUAAACCUCUGAAGUGAUGAGUAUUCCAAACAUACAGUAUAUUUAGGUUUUAAAUUUGAAAAAGGAACUUGUUCGGUGUUAAUUUAAAAAGAAUUCAUUUAUGCACUAUAUCUACUUGCCAAAAUGAGAUAGACUUUCAUGUGGUCUUAUUUUUUAUAGCCAAAACAGGAGGAGGAAAUGGUUUUAGAUUUAGGAUAAACCCUGAGAGGAAGAAGAGACACUCUGAGAAACUGAAUGCUGAUUCAUUUUGUGCGGCACCCAAUUACAGAUUAAUGCUUCUAAAAGACGUCCACUGGGGAUUAUUGUAAUUAACAUGAUGGUAAUCGCAUUUCUUUAAGUAUUUUUCCUCAUAUUUACAAUUUAAGGCUUCACACGCUGCAAAAUAUGAAUCAGUGUUUGGUGGCUGCCGAUUUUGAGUGUCGUUGAUGUCGUGUAUUAUUGUCCUUUACGAUCAAUCGACCAUUCUGACCUCUGGUUUUGGACUGGUGUUUAAAAAAAAAAAUCCCAGUGCUCUCUGAUGCGAAAGCUCACCUCUGCCAAUCCUCAUGAGGCUUCUCCAGUAACCUCUACUAACCUAAUCACGAUUUGUAUAUGUGCUUUACAGACACACCAAGAUCUCUGCCUCAUGACCGUCUCAUAGUGGUGGGUUUUUUCUUUUUUUACUCUCUCUCUCCUUUUUUCGGGCUUGUAUUACCUUUGACUGAUGCUGUUCAAAACUUCAAAAACCAUUCGCUGCUGGGGGAUAGGGGCUUAUCAACAUUUCCAACAAAAGUGCAGAAGAGGCAACUAAAUAUGGUGAUCACGUACAGUAGUAGUCUGGUUGUAAUCCGUCACAGUUCAUCAUUUGAUCAUUACGAUGUGUGAAAAGUCAUUUAGACUCCCAUGUUUAGGAGCCGCUCUGUUUCAUAGUGCCUUGAUGCACUUUGUUUUGGACCACAUCGGCUGUUUAAAGAGUAGAGCUACUGUAUAGUACCUUUAUAGAGCAGCCAACACAGGAGCCUGUGAGACUGAAUCUGUCGGCUAUAGAAAUAGCUUUACACAGAGCCAUCGCACUGACCGGCUCUCGCUUAAUGUACUUGCUCUCUCGGCUGUGGAGCCACCUGACUGCCAUCAUAUGGAGUUACUAUACCGUUCCUUUACAAAGCCAUGUAUAGAGCUAUGAUACACUAUCCGUAUACAGCGACUUAACUGGCCAUAGAGCGUUUUUAGGGCCACCUGACUGCUAUAGUUCUGCCUGAGUCGUAUGUGUCUGUGUGUGGAUGUGUGUGUGUUAGUUUGCGUUAAAACCCCUCAAAGGGAAUGUCUUUAAAACAGAGCGUAUGAAGGAUGACAGUUGUGGUAUCAUAACUGUUUUUUCCUGUUCCUAUGUUGGAAAAAAAAAACCAGUGUUGUGGAGCAGAUUAAAAAAAAAAAGGGAUUUUACUGAAACAAAAAGAAUCCAUCUUUAACCAUCAGUCUGCCUAAAUGUUAAUCUGAGGGAGCGGAGGUGUUUUUCGAAAGAAUGUGUAGUUCAUCAGUGUUUUUCUGCUUCAACUGCAACGUAGUUAACAAAGCCUCUCUAAAUGCCUUAGUGUUACACAGUGCGGAGCUCUGAUUUCCCUCCCUCAUGUACACUCACGCAAACAGAUCCUCCAAAAAUACCCCUGGGUUUUCUCGGUGUUCUGCAGUAAAGUAUAGUGAGCUCUAAUUUUGUAUUUUUCGCGUCUUGGAAUGAUUCGUUAUUGAUUGAUGCCUGUUUUGAUUAAACGCUUGAAAGCCAGUCGGGAGUUUUAAAAAAUUUCAAACCGACCUUCGAUGUUCACACCCACCCAGACCUCACUGUAAUGCUCAGGUGGGACAAUUUGAACCUUAACCACACACUCUGUACAGUUGUUGGUACUAUUUGAUGUGACAGACAUGCUGGCACAGUAACUGCAGCGCGGCGCCAAACAAAUCAGACGACCGUUAUAAAAGUUUAAAUUUUAAAAGACGCGUAUUUCCAAUUUGGCUCCUUUUCAGUGUCGAGCACCAACCAGCUCAUCUGAUGCCGGAUGCAGUUUUACUUUUCCGGCAUUUGUUUGUCUCUGUCUUGUGCCAUUUAAAAAUCUGUCUGUAUUUCCCUUUUUCCACUGUCUGUAACUGAGCGCUACACGUGCCUGUGGAAAUGUACCCCCUGCGACUUCCUCUCUUCUCCUGGCUCCGUAACAGUCCUCACUCAUCAACUAAAAUAUAUGUAGGCCUACGUUUUUGGUUUUUUUUUUGCACCUGCACCAAGACAUUAUGCACCGCACACCUAUAGGCGAAACAUGUAAUGACACUUAUUCAUGGGAGAUGUCAAGCACCAGGCAGAAGUAAGCCAAGGACGUCACUUCCCGGGUGUUUUUUUUUCUUUUUUUUCUUUUUUUGGUGAGCGGGUCAGAGGCAAGCUCAGGGAGUGGGUCUCCACAGAGCAGCACGGGCCUGUCGAACUGAAGGUCAUGGAGGAAACGUAGUGACGUCUGUGUGUGCAUCCUGACGGAAAACUCCUGAAGGAACACACAUCUGAUGUCUGUGGUUUGACAAAUUUACUUUUGCCAAAAAAAAAAGGAAAAAAAGAAAAAAAUAGAAAAAUUGGACCAGCUGGGGGAUGAUGAGAGGGAGGGGGUAGCUUUAGGACAGGAUCCCUUAAAGAAGUUGGGGAUGGUUUUCAUAAAGCCUCUCGCCCCCUCCUGACCCUCGCUGCAUCUGUGUCGGUGCGUCUCUGUGGGAAAGACACGUGUGUAUGUGAUUCUGUAGUCUGUAGUCUGGUGCUAUGUGACCAUGUUUGACAAGUGUGUUAAAAAAUAACAGCAACAUUUAGAGAAAAAAAAAGAGUAAAAUCAGUCGAGUUUAAAGUGAAGUUAUAAAAAAAAAAUUAUAGGAAUACAGCACUGUUGAUAAGUUCGAGAUCUGAAGUCCAAAUGUUUUGAAUUAUUUUUGUUUUGUUUUUUUUCUUGUACGUGUGUGCGAGUGGGUGAAUGUUUGUGUGCGUGGAAGAUUUAGCUCCUUCUUUUCUGGGCACUGGUCCAUGUCGCUCCAUUCUUUUGUACAGAUGAAGCUAAAAAAAAAAACAAACAAAAAAAAAGAAGAAGAGGGCAAAAUUUGUAAAAUAUUGUG